GGCAGCAUCUCAACAGUGUGACUAGCUGUUGAACAAUGGCAGGAAGUUGGUGUGUUGUUCAGUCUUUAGCACUUUGUGUGUGGUUUUGUGCUUUCUGUCAUGCUGUUCCACAGUUGAGUAAUCUGCCCCAGAAUCCUCAAGCUCUGAUGUUCCAGCUAACUGACCAGCGGUUUCAACAGCCAGCUCAACAAGCUAGUCAACAGUUUUCUCAGCGGUUUCCACAACCAGCUCAACAAGCUAGUCAACAGCAAGCUAGCCAAUGGUUUCAACAACCAGCUCAAGCUAGUCAACCGUUUCCUCAGCGGUUUCAACAACCAGCUCAACUAGCUAGUCAACAGCAAGCUAGCCAAUGGUUUCAACAACCAGCUCAAGCUAGUCAACCGUUUCCUCAGCGGUUUCAACAACCAGCUCAACUAGCUAGUCAACAGCAAGCUAGCCAAUGGUUUCAACGACCAGCUCAACAACAAGCUAGUCAACAGAAACCUCAGCAGUUUCAACAGGCAGCUCAACAAGCUAAUCAACAGCAAGCUAAUCAGCAGUUUCAACAGGCAGUUCAACAAGCUAGUCAACAGCAAGCUAGCCAACGGUUUCAACAACCAGCUCAACAACAAGCUAGUCAACAGAAACCUCAGCAGUUUCAACAGGCAGCUCAAGCUAAUCAACAGCAAGCUAAUCAGCAGUUUCAACAGGCAGUUCAACAAGCUAGUCAACAGUUUUCUCAGCAGUUUCAGCCUAAGCAGCCAGUGGCGCAGGCAGAGCCCCUUGACAAAUGUGCUGUAGCUGAUUAUGAGCAGAUCCAAUGUGGACCACCUGGUAUCAGUGGUGCUGAGUGUGAAGCUAUCAACUGCUGCUUCAACGGACAGCAGUGUUAUUAUGGGAAGGCAGUGACUGUCCAGUGUAUAAGAGAUGGUCAGUUUGUGGUAGUGGUGGCUAGAGAUGUUACUUUGCCUCGAUUGAGCCUGGAUUCAGUCCAUCUCCUUGGUGGAAACGAUCCACCUUGCAGUCCUGUGGGAUCCACACCUUCCUUUGCUAUAUACCAGUUCCCUGUCACUGCAUGUGGCACGAGCAUGAUGGAGGACAAUGGAUAUGUGGUGUAUGAAAACAGGAUGACCUCCUCGUAUGAAGUGGGGAUCGGACCACUUGGUUCCAUCACAAGGGACAGUCAUUUUGAGCUUCUCUUCCAGUGUAGGUACUCUGGUACUUCUGUGGAAGCUCUGGUUGUGGAGGUCAACACUGUUCCUCCACCUCCACCAGUAGCUGCUCCUGGACCCCUCAGGGUGGAGCUUAGACUGGCAAAUGGUCAAUGUGUCACCAAAGGCUGUGCAGAAGGGGACGAGGCGUACACAUCCUACUACAGUGAUGCUGAUUAUCCAGUCACAAAAGUCCUGCGGGAGCCUGUGUUUGUUGAGGUGCGCAUUUUGGAGAGGACCGACCCCAACAUUGUCCUGAUGCUGAGACGCUGCUGGGCGACAUCAACCCCCAGUCCACUCAGUCUACCCCAGUGGGACCUUCUGGUUGAUGGAUGCCCUUACCAGGAUGACCGUUACCUGACCACAUUGGUUCCGGUGGCUGGAUCAUCUGGUCUUCAGUUCCCAACCCACUACAAGCGCUUUGUUGUCAAGAUGUUCACAUUUGUGGAUCCAUCAUCACUGGCUCCUCUGCAGGAAACUAUCUUCAUCCACUGUAGUACAGCGGUGUGCCAUCCCUCUUCUGGCUCCUGUGAGCAAAGCUGCGCUAGGAAAAAAAGGGAGACGCACGUCAAGACCAUCUCUAGUGGGCAAACUGUGGUUUCAAGUGGACAAGUUAACCUGGCCAUAUGAAUUUUAUGGUUAAUAAAGUUAAUGAAACGCA